AACUUCAACUACACAUCCACAGAGUGAUCUUAUUGUCAUGAUUCACUGAAAUUCAGUCAUUUAUCACUACGUGUUUAAGUACUCAUCCAUCAUCAUUGCUCAAUAAAAAUCUUGAAUAGUAGAAAUAGAAGAUUCGUGUUCUGCUUUCAAAGUCGGUCGUCGACUUUUCACAAGAAAAGACCACUUCAAAAACACUUGAGCCAAUUUCCUCUUCUUUCAAGUCUUCACACCACCACCAUUGCUCAAUUAAAAUCCAGAAUAGCGAAAAUAGAUUCGUGUUCUGCUUUCAAAGUCAGACGUUCGACUUUUUCCACUAGACAAAACCAUUUGAACAACAAACUCAAACCAACUUCCUCUUCUUUCAAUCUUCAUACAUCACAAUUACAAAAAUAAGCUUGUGUUCUGCUUUCAAAGUCAGUCGUCGAUUUUUUUCACUAAGGGAGAAAAUUAUGGUUAACUUCAAUGAUCAAGAUUUCUUUUCUAGUAGAUGUGUAUGGGUAAAUGGUCCUGUUAUUGUAGGUGCAGGUCCAUCAGGACUAGCUGUGGGUGCUUGCUUAAAAGAACAAGGUAUCCCUUUUGUCAUCUUGGAAAAAUCAGAUUGUAUUGCAUCUUUAUGGCAAAAAAAAACUUAUAAUAGAUUAAAACUACACCUCCCUAAACAAUUUUGUCAAUUACCAAAAUUCCCAUUUCCUCAACACUAUCCUGAGUACCCUACAAAGAAACAAUUCAUUGAUUACCUUGAAUCAUAUGCAAGAAAAUUUGACAUCAACCCAAUGUUCAAUGAAUGUGUUCAAUUUGCAAAAUAUGACCAAUCUUGCAAAUUAUGGAGGGUGAAAACUAUUUCACCAAAUGGCUUAGAAGUUGAGUAUAUUUGUCAAUGGCUUGUUGUGGCUACUGGGGAAAAUGCUGAGAAAGUUGUGCCUAAUAUUGAAGGAUUAAAAGAAUUUGGAGGUGAAGUGAUUCAUGCUUGUGAUUACAAGUCUGGUGAAAAGUUUAGUGGGAAGAAAGUUCUUGUUGUUGGUUGUGGAAACUCUGGCAUGGAAGUUUCUCUUGAUCUUUGCAACCAUAAUGCUCAACCAUCAUUGGUUUGCCGUAGCUCGGUUCAUGUAUUGCCAAGAGAAAUCUUUGGGAAAUCAAUAUUUGAGUUGGCUAUGUUUAUGAUGAAAUGGCUACCAUUGUGGCUAGUUGACAAAAUUUUACUUAUUUUGACAUGGUUCAUUCUUGGUAACAUUGAGAAAUAUGGACUAAAGAGACCAAAAAUUGGUCCUUUGGAACUCAAGAACACACAAGGGAAAACUCCUGUUUUGGACAUUGGUGCAUUGGAAAAAAUUAGAUCAAGAAAAAUCAAUGUUGUCCCUGGAAUCAAGAGGUUUUCGUGUGGCACCGUUGAACUUGGCAAUGGUGAAAAGCUUGAAAUUGAUUCUGUUGUUCUUGCUACUGGUUAUUGCAGCAAUGUCCCUUUUUGGCUAAAGGAAAGUGAAUUCUUUUCCAAGAAUGGAUUCCCAAAAGCACCAUUUCCAAAUAGUUGGAAAGGAAAAUCUGGACUAUAUGCUGUUGGUUUCACAAGGAGAGGGCUAUCUGGUGCUUCUGCUGAUGCUAUUAAAAUUGCACAAGAUAUUAGCAAAGUUUACAAUGAAGAUAUUAUGCAAAAGAAGCAAAAAAAUUCUACAUAUACAAGAUGCAUCUCAACAUUUUGAUUGAAUUGAAUCAUAUAGAGAUUAAUUUUGUGAAAACAAUAGGUAACACAGAGAUUAGCCCUCUCCAAAAGCCCAAGUUUUGGUAUAGUUUGGGAGUUUUGUAGUGGAAGCAAUAAUAGAGUUCCUGAAUAAGUUGUUAAGUUCCUUAAAACAAAAAAAGGUUUGUUGGAAAGUACCUGCAUAAGUUGUUGGGGACUCGAUGUU